UUGCCUCUUUUCAGAACGAACAUAUCCUGUUCGGGAUUUGGUGGAAUUGGCGGGGAACCAGGACUAUCCAGUGCGGCACGAUCCAGUCUACUAACCGGUCUACCAUUUGGUCAUAAUGUUACCAGUCAGCUGAUCGGAUUACCCGAUACCGUCGGUGGCCCGAAACUGACUUGUAACCUGGGUCCAGAACAUUCCCGGAUCCUGGUUGAUCAGUUAACCAAGGAGCAUACUGCACGCAUGGAAAUUCUUCAACUACAAAAACGUGCUUGGCAGCUGCAAGUGGAUCUAUUACAACGUUCUGUUAGUUCAAAUGGACCGAACCAUUCUUGA